AUCUCGUUGUCUACGAUCGCAUUUAUAUUUAGAACUCAACAAAGACAGCCCCAAAGUCGUCGUCUCACAACCCCCGACCCGUUAUACACAUCUGCCACCGUCCCUAUUGUUCUCCACAAAGAAACCAAAAUUCAUAAAACUAUCAAUCAGGCGGCCACACAUCAGCCUAAUCCCACAACUGAAACUGUCAGUUUUCAUCUUGAACGUGCUAUCUUACGCAAAUGUACAUACACACUGCUCUCAAACAAACGAGUCCGAUCUUGCAAUUUCAGCAUGUUUCUGUGGACCUCUCGCAAAUAACCUGUCCCUGCUGUUUUCGCUUGAUUUUUGAUAUCCAAGCCCAUCAUAUAGAUUCCAGUCGUUCCAUCACACUAUCCCAUCGAUGA